CGGAUGGGUGCCACGUUGCGUGGGAGACUGGGAGCACAGGCAAACGAAGCAAGCCCCCUCCGGCCCUCUUAUCCUCUUCCUCUCGCGACGGCGGUGGCGCCGAGGGCACCCAGGCCUCAUUCCACCUUACCACGCAGGUUCAUAAGAUCGCUGCCAUCCUCCGCCUCCUCCCCCGGCCUCUCCCUCGGUGACGAACUCUAACCUGCCUGGAUUGUUCCACGAGUUCUGCCAUUGUCGUCUUCCCUUCUGCCGUAACUGUGCUUUGUGCAAGGCCGGGUUUAUACAAAAUGGUUCUCUGUCAAGGCUUAUCUGCUGGGCAGGGGCAGCUGCUUGCUUUUCCUGCUGCGAAGCCUCCUCUCUUGAGAAGAUCUUGCAUUCGUAUCCCAGCGGGAUCACCAGGUCUAAAGAGUGCUCGGCUUUCAUCCGAGAGGAAGAAAUUUUCGGUGCAAGCUGUACGAGCCGGCACUGGUUUUCUUCACCAUGACAUGCUCACAUCAUCUCUGAUGGAGGGUUCGAUGAAGGGCAUUCCAUCAUUAUUGACCCGGCAGAAUCAGCGCCGAAUAUCGGAAGUUGGCUGUCGAGCUUCCUCUCUAGCAGCAUUCAGCUACCCUGAAUUGACUUCCAAGCCCAGAUGGUGGUGGAGAACCCUUGCAUGUGUGCCGUACUUGCUGCCACUCCACAACAUGUGGUCGUAUGCCGAUGUCAUCUACCAGUUGCACACGUACUUGCAGGGCUUUUCAUUGGUUUAUACUUUCAUCGACACCAUGACACUGCUUCCAGGGUGGCUCCUGCUGGUGAUAUUUAUGACCGUGUACUUCUUCGUGGUGAGACGCAAGUGGUCACCCCACUUCAUGAGGUUCCAUGUGAUCUUGGCCAUCCUCCUGGACACCGGCUCCCAAGCAGUGGCAACAAUGUGCACCUGGAUGCCCAGCUUUGUGUAUCAGGGGAAGCCCAUGCAGUAUUUCUGGAUGGCCAUUGCUUUCAUGCAGAUCUUCACGGUGCUAGAGUGCAUGCGAUGUGCUCUCUGUGGGAUGUAUCCGAACGUUCCUUUCAUAUCCCACACAGCCUUCAUCCAUUCUGAUCUGAAUCUCUUCAGGUAGCCACCUGCUCACCAUGUCGGGUUUUUGAUAUCAGAAGGAUGGAAAGUGAGAUGGAGGUGCAAAUAGGUAGUACUUUUUUUUUGCAGUAGCUACUUACAGUUCUAUAGACUGUUUUGUUUAUACUUAAAUUUUGAAGUCUCGUUGUAAUUGCCAGGAUCGUGACCUUUUUCCGUUAUGACAAAAUCCAAAUAGUGACGCGAUUGAUUAUUGCAUCGGUUGAA